UCUCUCAAUUCACGCUCAGCCACCGUCGAAGUCGGUUCUUUUUCGUCGAUCUUUUCCAGUGCGAAGCUACUUAACUGGUCAGAAAGGGAAACGAAAACAUCGAACGUCUUAUUAACAAAACUGAUUAAACUGCUUGAUCGGAACUAGUAAGUUUACGUCUUAAACUUUUGUGAAAAUCGAGUUGGUUAACGUGUGGUAAUUUCGGUCGAACAUAUAUCGAUCGAUCGAUCCGUUCGAUGAAAUCGAAUCGUGCCGCGAACUAGAUCGUGCUGUAAUCGAUAAAAUAUAUAAUCGCGUAGCCGGGUCGUGGGCCGUGGAAAUCGGAUUUUCAGCGUUUCGUUCGAAAAUAGAAGGAAAUUUACGACUUACGAGCCGGUGUUGGUGAUCGAUGUGCACCUGCAAGGAAUAGCGUGGGAUGCUGUAAGCCGAGCCGACUGCCGGCUAACAUCGCAGCUACUUUGGACGUGAAACGUAUCGAUAGGGAACGAUAACCGAACGAGGAUGCUUCCUGCUAGAAGAUUAAUCGUUGCCGUGUUUGGUGUUUGCUUGUUGACCGUUCUUCUUGAGGUGAACGAAGCCAGGCCGCACAUCAGGCAUCAGAAAGGCGGGAGCCAUUGUAGCAGAUGCGGUCCAGGCUGGGGCGCCGUGAACCAUUGCGUCCGUGGCCAUGACACCGAAUGCGGCAAAUGUGCACCAGGCACCUACAGCCCCCACCACAGCACCCAGCCCUGCUGGAUCUGUUCUAGGUGCGGUCCGGGCCUCUACGAGGCGCAUCCUUGCACUUCCAAAACGGAUACCGUCUGCGAUUCCUGUCACAGGCCUGCUCCGGAUAAUCUCGACUAUCGAACCAAGUGUAAAGGUUCGACGAAUUUGUUUCUCGCACCGGAGGACGCAUUCGGCACUGCGGAGCAGAGUAUCUUGGUGAACGAACCCGAUGGACAGGAUCGGUUGGCCGACGGAGACAAAGUGCUGGAGAAAGACGCCGAGGCUGCCAUUAUCGAUGGAGAAUUUAAUUCUUUGGAAAGGUUCUAGGACUGGAAUCGUUUGGCAUAGUGGCUGCUACUUUGUUUCCAUUUUUAAGGGAACGCUUUCUAAAGAUAUUGCCGCGUUCGGUUAAUCCGAACGAAAGAAUCGCCUAUUACCGUUAAGUUUUAGUCACCGAUGAUCCGCCAUUCUCUUCUUCUAAAAGUAGUGGACAACAAUUCUACUUUCUAAGACUUGACGAUCCUCUAACGUUCUGCGACAGCUAUAUCUCGACGAGCCGCGAAGGGGGCACUUUCAUUUCCUGAUAUCGUUUGAAACGUUCCUACGGUUCUACGAGAUCCUGUUCGGACGAGUAAAUCGGGAUUGGAGAUCGAGAGGAAGCUUUCUCCUGGGAUAUCGGGUUUCCUUGAAUCGUCUGGAGAAAAUUGCAAGAUCCAGCUGCGUGGAAUACCGAAGAGGACGAUUAAGAAAGUUUUCGGCUUCGAAUAGAAGCGGAAGAUCGUGGAUUAAGACUCGUUAGCCCCGUCGAGUUCGUUUGCGAGCUUUAAGACUGUGGAUCGGAUCGAAGGAUUUUACGAUCGCUGAUCGAAUUUAAAAUGUUAAUCGAGAGAAAGAUCGAAUUAUUAGAACGUAGUAUUAUUCGAACGAUCGAUAUCUGCGCUUUAAGUUAAGGCUCGACUGGUUAACGUCUACUACUUGUCAACGCUGGUGCUCGUUUUUUUUUUUUUUUUUUUUUUUCAAUUUUCCUAUUACGUACCUUUUUCUUGUAUAUUUUAAUAAUAUGUAUAAAUAUUCGAAAAGGAAUUGGUCGGCUUAGAUCGACCCCUCGUUGCUAGUCAGUUAACCGCUAAGUAGUCGAUAAGAGGUAUCGUAUGGAAUCGACACGAGGUAAUAUUUAAACAGCGGCGUAUACCGUACGCAUAUGCCGUCAUAGUUCGACUCUAAACAUAAUAUAUAACGGCACGUCAUCUUCCACCGAGCGAUAUAUCGCACCUUUGAUGUAACGACGGCUCGUUAAUCAUGGUACUCGGAAAGUCCAGUUCAUCAUGGCGUUCGAUCUCUUUCGACAAAAUGUUUCCGAUUGUCUCGCAUGGGAUACAGUACGAGUAUUUCGAACGGUAAGGCUAGGAAGCUUAUGUUAGUUUUGAAACAACGUCCAAUUAGUUACGUUAGUUUGCCAAUCGAUGCUAAUAAAUACGAGAUACUUAGAUGGUACUUAGCUGUGAUUCUCUAGAGUACCUUUGAUUAAUAUUCGGCAUUUGCUUGAACCUAACGGGACAAUCGUUUGAGCACGUUCUAACUGUAGAUUCCUGUAUGAUAUAAUAUAUUGUAAGCAUAUUUAUAUGUAUAUACCCAAAGAUCUCCUUCAUAUUGUCUGCAUAUAUGCAAAUUCUCUCUGCAGAAUUCUGUCGUUCGAAGAAUGUAAAAAUUCUUUCUCUUUCUUCUUUCGAAAAAAAAGAGAGAAUUCCUUUUCUUUCUUUCGUAAUUAUUUAGAAAGCUGCCACCAUCUUGGAUUUCGUUGAUAUUUUUAAUAUGUUGCCUAUAAUGUUAACGCGUUCCCUUUACACGUAACCGACGCUCGGUCAUAGUUUCCAUGAUAUUCGCAAAAAGAACUGUCGGUACUUCUACAGUGAAUUCUAGCUAUAAUUGUGCACCCGUGACAACGUACGCGUUAGUAUUGGUUGCCGUAUAAAACGACACCUAAUCCAAACCCAAUUCUUAUCUUCUGUUUAUAGCUUGUAUAGGUUUGAUGGGUUAGGUGUCGUCCUAUCCGGCAACCAAUACCAACGCGUGUAUGCUUACGAAUAUCUCAAAUACUAAAAGAUACGCGCCGGUAACGCGUAAAGGAUAAAGUUGCUCGAUGUGUUGACUUUUACGAUAUAUUGAGAAAAUCAUCGAAAUCCGACAUGGCGGCAGCUUUCUAAAUAAUUGCCGAAAAUUUGUAUAUCUGCGUAUUUCUAAAUUUCCGAACGUCGCUAUGUGUCGAGAAAUUACCAAACGCUCUUCUCGUAAGAUCUCUUUAGAAAAAUUCGUUAUUCCAUGUUACUCGACGUGUAUACACGCCAUUAGAUAUCAUCCGUGUACGCAAAGCGUGUAAAUACAUUUCUGUAAAUAUAGAAACGAUGACGGUACGAUUCAGUUGCUGUGUUAAAAUCUGUUACAAGAAUGGAAAUCAGCGUUUCCGUUAUUCGCCCGAUAUUUUGUUUAUCGGACUUUUGCGAAUGUUAUAGUUAUAUUUUUUUUCUCCUGCGAUGAAACAAUUAAUGAAACGAAAAAUACUGAAAAAGGUUGCAACGUUCGAAUAUCGUGCUUGGCGAAUGAUUGAAAACUCGACUCUUUUAAUGAAAUGUUCGCCGCUCGAAAUAUUUAAUAUUUAUUUAUCAGUUAUUUAUUUUAUCCGUGACUACUUUGAGAACCGCAUCUACGUGUAGUAGUAUCUAUAUAAAAAGGAAAUGUUGCGGCAAAUUAACAUUUUGCUGUCCUGUAUAAUUCAAAGUCGAUUAUUCGUGUAUAUUUCGUUGCCGGGCGAUUACAGCAAGGCGAGAAGCAUGGAUUUUCGCACAGACACUGUCGACUCUCGAUCGCGGAUGGAAAUUCACGAAAGCACCAUUAUACUUUUUAUCUGUUUUAUUUAUUUACGUCAAUGUUCAUUCCUUCGAUGGACGUAGCCGCAAGAGACACGUCUACUAUAUGGACACAAUAAAGUACAGACAUAAUACUCUA